UAUGUGAACAUGUAUAAAAUUGUAAACAAUAAAUUAGGGGGUUUUUUGAAAAUUUAAUUUUUAUUGGUAGAUUUGUAAAAUCAUUUGUAGAAGAAGUUUCUAACUUUCUAUGGAAAAGAUGAGAUUAGUUGAAGUUUCAGGAGACUUAUUUAGUUGUUCUACAGAUUUUUCAUUAGCACACUGCGUCGCAGCCGACUUAAGAAUGGGUAAAGGAAUAGCAAUUAAAUUUCGUGAUUCUUUUGGUCAAGUUGGGGAAUUGAAAAGGCAAAAUGUGCAGCCAGGCGGCGUAGCAGUAAUCAAAGACAAAAACUCAGAUCGAUACAUAUAUUAUUUAGUGACAAAAACUUUAAGUUAUCAAAAACCUACUUACGGUUCUUUGGCUAGUUCACUUUUGUCGAUGAAGAAUCAUAUGAUAUCUAACAAUGUUGAUAAACUAGCUAUGCCAAGGAUUGGUUGUGGUUUGGAUGGUUUAACUUGGAAUAAAGUAAAAGAAAUUAUUAAUGAAACAUUUCAAAAUGAGAAUGUUGAAAUUGUAAUAUAUAAUUUUGUACCAAAAUAAAGA